CAACAUCCAUAAAGGCAGACCCUUGGUGAAGCCUAUGGUUGUUGUCUCAACGGAUGGAUAUUUCCUGACAGUAGUUGGUCCCUAUCUUGCUGACAGUCGAAACAAUGAUGCAGCCAUCCUGAAUCAUAUGUUGAAAUCUAAUAUAGAAGACAUCAAGAACUGGUUUCAGGACGAAGAUAUAUUCAUAGUUGACAGGGGAUUCCGUGAUGCUCUUGGAGUUCUGGAGGAGUUUGGGAUUAAAGCCUACAUGCCUCAUCUUCUUGCCAAAGGGGAAAGACAAAUGCCGAAACCUGAUGCAAAUGCCAGUCGUUUGGUUACAAAGAUUCGUUGGGUUGUUGAGGCUGCCAAUUCCAGGAUUAAACGUUGGAAAUAUCUUGCACAUACCCUCCCAACAAACCAGGUCCCUUCAUUGGGGACUAUGUGCGAAUUGUGUGUGCAAUUUCCAAUAAGUAUUUACCACCCUUUCUACAGGAAAUGCAGCUGAUGAUGAAGCUCUUGCAACCAAGAUGCAAUACUGUCAAAGAGAGUAAACAGUCUAAAGAUAUUUGUGGAAGAAAAUGCACUUGACAAGAGGUCAUCCAACUGGGAAGUUUCAUCUGAUUCUUUGAAUUUCCCCAAGCUAGAUGAAGAAGAAAUUAGAAAUUUAAC